AUGGCCCUCACACCCCUGGCGGAGGUGCCAGCUUCUCCCCCAGGGCUGGCAGCAUCGCUGGCUCGGCAAGAAGAAGUGGCCUUUUUUCUCGCUGAGCCGAUGUGUGCCACUGGACCGCGUGAGGUGGCCCCGUCCCAGUCAGAGCAGCACCCAGCAUCUUGGCAUGGUUGGAAAAGGGGGGCUGAAGAAGAGGGGUUCGGUGGGGAAAAGCAGCCGAAGGUCUCCUGCGGACACACAGCUGCCAGCUCGCCGCCUGUGAUGCUGUGCCAGGCAGCAGGACCGUGGGUGGCCUGUCCCAGCCCGGCACACCGCCUCGCCAUAAACCUCGCUGCCGGGGCUGGGAAGCCGAUAACGGCGGGGCUGAAGUCCAACACGAGGCAGGUCCCAGGGAGCAGAUUCCAGCCCUGGGCUCGCAGCGUGGCCUCCCCUGCUGGCCCUGUGCCUCUCCCGGCUCCGUUUUACCGUCACCACGGCCUGGAGGCCGAGAUGGCCAGGCAGGCGGUGCUUGCCCUCCUGCUGCUGCUGGGGUACCUGCGGGGCUCGACUGUGCUGGGCACCCCCUUCACCUGCGAUUUCGAGGAAGGCAACUGUGGCUGGCAGGACGUGAGCACCUCAACUUACAGAUGGGUGCGGGGCCGGGCCAACCUGGCCGCAUGGGGCAUGGGGCCCCACUCAGACCACACCGUGGGCACCGACCUGGGGUGGUUCAUGGUGACCGUGUCCCCCCCGGCAAAGACCACGGCCACGGCCUGGCUCAGGUCACCAGUGAUGAGGGAAGCAGCCGCCACAUGCGAGAUCAGGGCCUGGUACCACCUCUCGGGAAGCGGGCUCAACCAGACGGAGCAGCCGGUGCUGCGUCUGGCCAUGGCGUACAGGGACGAGGUGGUGGGGCUGUGGCAGAGCCCCGAGCGCGGAGGCGAGGGCUGGCACCAGCUGGUCGCCUACCCGGGCCGGAUCACGGAGCAGUUCCAGCUCAUCUUCUCCCUGACAAAACCGCCCGCGUGCAGGGCAGAGCUGGCGCUCGAUGACAUCAUCUUCAGGAGCUGCGGCUUGCAGGAGCCCAGGCAACAUGUCUGUGGGGCGGAGGAGAGCUGCUGCGGCCAGGGCUCCUGCCUGGCACAGCACCGCUUCUGCGAUGGCACCGACGACUGUGGGGAUGGCUCGGAUGAGGAUGCAAUGCGGUGCAAGUCCUUCACCUUUUGCUCCUUUGAGCAAGGUCUUUGCAGCUGGAAAGCGGAGGUCGGGCAGCCGAUGUGGGAGAGGAACACGAGUCUGAACCUGGGGACCAUGUACAGCAUGCCCACCCGGGACCACAGCAAUAACAGCAGGGCAGGUUUUUUCCUCCACGUGGGCAGUGCCUCGGCCGCGGGGGCUGGCGGCCCGGCCCGGCUCAGCAGUCCCACUUUCCAGGCCACCAGCUCCUGCUCUCUCGUGCUGUACUGCCACCUCCACGGCUCCACCACCAGCAGCCUCAGCAUCUUCUAUGUGACCAACUCCACCAAGCACCUGAUGAGGGAGAGGACGGGCGACCUGGGCAGCUGCUGGGUCCGGGAGAGAGUGGACUUCAAUGUGACAGGGAGCUUCAAGGUGCUGAUCGAGGGGGUGGCUGGCAGCACGGGGACCGUGGCCAUCGAUGAUCUGAUCCUGUCUCCGGGCUGCAUGCAGGAGCAGGAGAAGCCUUCGACCACUCUGCUGAGCCGGGCGCGUGCCGGCCCCUGCACAGCUGAGGAGGUAGCCUGUGACAGCGGGGGCUGCAUCAGCGCGGAGCUGGCCUGCGACUUUGCCAAGACAUGCGCCGACGGCUCCGACGAGAAGCACUGUGGUGCGACCACCUUUGAGGCGGGGGCUGGGGGCUGGCACGAUGUCAGCGUGGGGCGGCUGCGCUGGGGCGUGCAGAGGGCCACCGAGCCUGCCGACACUGUCCUCACAGGUGCAGGGGCUUUCCUGGCCCUCCAGGCAGGAGAAGGACAAAUGGUGGCUGCUGCAAAGGCACGCACGCCUCUGCUGGGCCCCUCCGGCCCCGCCUGUGCCAUGGAGAUGAGCUACCACAUCCACAGCGGCCCCCAAGGCUUCCUCGCCGUCAGCAUCGUGGAUCACACCACUGGCACCACCCACCUGGCCUGGCACAUGCCAGGGCACGGCAGCACAGCCGGGGGACACGUCCGCGUCCCGCUGGGGGAGAGGACACGGCCCUUCCAGGUUGAGCUGCUGGGAAUGGUGGAUCUGCAGGACUCAGCAAGCGCCGCCAUUGACAACGUGACAUUCGUGCAGUGCCACCCCGACACGGUGCCGCCGGGGGCUGCAGAGCUAUCCUGCAACUUCGAGAGGGGCAUGUGCGGCUGGUACCAGGAUCAGUCCAGCGACUUCAAAUGGGUCCGCGGCACAGGGCAGGGGCAGGGCUCUGACCACACCACUGGUUCAGGCUACUUCUUGGCUGCGGACCCCUCUGCGCCGUGGAUCCACGGGCAGCGGGCACAGCUCAUCACCUACCGCCAGCAGCCCACUGCCGCCCCACGCUGCCUCUCCUUUUGGUAUCGCCUGGCUGGCCCGCAGAUCGGCACCUUGAACCUCAAGCUGCGGCUGGAAGGAGCGGAGGAGACAGUUCUGUGGACACGGCGGGGGACCCAAGGCAGCGUCUGGCACCGCGCGCCCCUGCCUGCCACAGACCAGCGGCAGUACCGGGUGGCCUUCGAGGCCCUGCGGGACGGGUUCCUGGGGGACGUGGCGCUGGACGACCUGGCAUUGACAGCGGGGCCCUGCGGGGCUGAGCUCUCCUGCUCCUUCGAGGCGGAUGCCUGUGGGCUGGCAGCCAGCGGGCAGCACACCUGGCUGUGGCAGAGUAACGGCACCGGCACCACCACCACCGGCCCCCUGGCCGACCACACCACCGGCACCGCCGCAGGCCAUUAUAUGGUGGUGAGCACGGGCAGGGGUUCCCUGCCUGCGGGGCGUGCAGCUGCCCUCACCUCCAAGCCCUACCAGCCCUCCGCGCCCACCCAGUGCCUGGCCUUCUGGUACCAGCUGAGCGCCGGGACCCCAGGCUCCCUCGGCGUAUUUGUGGAGCAGAGCGGGGUGCGGAGGAAGGUGAUGGGCGUGACAACCAUGGAGGGGGAUGCCUGGCACCGCGGCCAUGUCACUGUCCGACCAGAUGGGGACUGGCAGGCGAUAUUUGAAGCAGUGGGAGCUGGGGGCGACCACGGGUACAUCGCUCUGGACGACCUGCAGGUGUCGGACGGAGCCUGUCCCAAGCCAGCAUCCUGUGACUUUGAGCGGGACAUGUGCGGCUGGAGCAGCCCCUCAGACCCCCGCCUGCACAGCUUCGCCUGGGGCUGGAAGAGUGGGGUCCCCCUUGCCAAGUACCCUGGCCCUGAGCAAGAUCACACCCUGGGCACAAGGAAUGGUCACUACGUGCACUUCGACACCAGCGUGCUGGGCCCGGGGGGUACCACUGCCCGGCUGGAGAGCCAGCACCUGCCUGCUGCUGCUGACGCCUGCCUGCGGUUCUGGUACCACAUGGACAUCCCGGAACACCUCUCCGGCAUGGAGCUGCGGGUGAUGCUGCACAGUGCGUCGGGGCGGCGAAUAGUGUGGAGCGUGGUGGGGCACCGGAGCCGGGGCUGGCGGGGCAGCGUGGUGCCCGUGCAGAGCCUCAGUGAGUUCCAGAUCAUCUUUGAGACCACCACGUGGAGGUGGCCGAUGGAGGGGACGGUGGCACUGGACGACAUCAUGUACAGUGCCGGGAGGGGCUGCCAUUCCAGCCCAGAGGUGCCAGUGGAAGAGAAAUCCUCCAGCAGCUUUGUGGUAGAGGUGGUGCUCAGCUUUCUCCUGGCCGUCAUCGUCCUGGCGCUGGUGUCCGCCGGAGGAUGGUACUGGAUGAAGCGGCGAAGGCUGGCGAGCGGGACGCUGUCGGAGAGCAGUGCUCCCCAGGGCUUCGACAACAUCACUUUUCGAGAUGACAAGGUCAUUAUAUCUCCAGUGCCAAAAGAAGGGGAUGAGGAUUGA